CUUUUCUUCUCCCAAUUAAAUUAUCUCUUCUUGUUUGUCCAUUCUCUCUCACACAGCACACACUUGAAUUGUGUGUUUAUAGAGAGCAUCUUUAUUUUCAUUAUUUUUCUUUGGAGCUGAAGAUUUUGGCUGUAAAAAUUGCAGUUUUCAUCACAACUUGAAUUUGCCCAAAAAAAAAAAAUGCCGGAAAAAAUGGAGGAGAAAUUCGACUCGGAGAUGGUCGUGGAGCAAUUCGAGCUUCUAUCCAUGGAUGCAGAGAGAAUUCAGAAAGAGACUUUGAAACAAAUACUCGAAGAAAAUGGUGAAACUGAGUAUAUUCUCAAAUGGGGCCUUUUCGGAAAAACCGACCCUAAUAGCUACAAGGCUCGUGUCCCCAUCGUCACUCACAAGGACUUGGAGCCUUAUAUUCAACGAGUCGCGGAUGGUGAAAAAUGGCCCAUCCUCACCGGAAAACCGAUUUCUGCUAUUUCUCUUAGCUCGGGCACCACUCAAGGCAAGCCAAAGUUUGUACCUUUCAACGACGCUUUAACUGACAGUACCAUGCAAAUGUACAAGACCUCUUUUGCGUUCAGGAACAAGGAAUUCCCGAUCGAGAACGGGAAAGCAUUGCAGUUCAUCUACGGCAGCAAAGAGUUCAAAACGAAGGGCGGCCUACCGGCUGGGACGGCCACCACGAACGUGUACCGCCACCCGAAGUUCAAAAACACGAUGAAGGCAAUGCAAACGCCGUGUUGCAGCCCUGACGAGGUCAUAUUCGGUGACAACUACCACCACUCCCUAUAUUGCCACCUCCUUUGCGGCCUAAUCUCCCGACACCAAAUCCAAGUCGUCUCGUCCACAUUCGCCCACAGCAUCGUCCAAGCUUUCCGCGCGUUCGAGCUCGUGUGGAAGGACCUUGUCCGCGACAUUCGGGAAGGGUCUUUGACCAAUCAAAUAGUAUCGAAGCCCGUCCGGUCGGCCAUGGGUAGGAUUUUGACGAGGCCCGACCCUGACCUAGCCGACUCGAUAUGGGACGAGUGCUUGAGGCUUAGCAAUUGGUACGGUUUGAUUCCGGCAUUGUUCCCCAACGCCAAGUACGUGUACGGGAUCAUGACGGGCUCGAUGGAGCAUUAUUGUGAGAAGUUGAGGCAUUACGCAGGCGAUUUGCCGCUGGUAAGCGCGGAUUACGGGUCGUCUGAGGGCUGGGUUGGGGCUAACAUCGACCCGCUUGCCCCGCCGGAGGAGGUCACCUUCGCCGUGCUUCCGAAUGUGGCGUUUUUCGAGUUUAUCCGUUUGAGCGGUGGCGGGAUGGAGGUGGCAGCCGCAGAGCCCGUUGGGCUCACGGAGGUCGAGGUCGGGGAAAAGUAUGAGGUGGUGGUCACUAAUUUUGCAGGAUUAUACCGGUACCGGCUAGGGGACGUGGUCAAGGUCAAAGGGUUCCACAACGCGACCCCCUUGCUUGGGUAUGUGUGUCGCAAGAACCUCAUCCUCAACAUCAACAUCGACAAGACCACCGAGAAAGACCUCCAGCUGUCGGUCGAGCGGGCCGCGGUAGUUCUUGCGGAGGACAAAUCGAAGGUGGUCGACUACACGAGCUGCGUGGACGAGUCGGUCGAGCCAGCCCGCUACGUCGUCUUCUGGGAGGUCAGCGGCCUGCCCAGGGAAGACGUUCUGAAGGAGUGUUGUGACCGUCUGGACGGGUCGUUUUUGGACGCGGGCUAUGUGAGCUCACGCAAGACGGGUACCAUAGGGCCCCUCGAGCUGAGGGUGGUGAGGAGGGGCACGUUUCACGAGGUGAUGGAUCACUACGUGGGGAUGGGGGCGGCCGUGAGCCAGUUCAAGACUCCGAGGUGCAUUGACGGGCGGGCAAACGGGCGGGUCGUGGAGAUCUUGACCCGAAAUGUGGUCAAGAGCUAUUCUAGUUGUGCAUAUUAAGUAUUGUGUUUGUGUGUUUGUUGUUGUUGUUAUGUUGUAAUGUGUGAUUAAGAUAACUUUGAUCCUAUAGGUGAUGGUGUUGCUCUAAUUAGGUAUUUUAUAGUUGGAUCGGCCAUGUAUGUGUAUGUGAUCCAACGGUGAAAAAUUCAAUGAAAGUACUGCCCUCAAUGGUAUGUCGACCACAAAGUGUGAUUAGAAAGUACUUCUGAAAAUUGUACUUAGUGUUGUAUUUUCUUACAUUUUCUACUUGAAUGAAAUAACUUAAGUUAUAAAUCUA